AUGGACUCCAAGGGGCGGGGUGGGAAAGGCAAUUUUAUCGGGCGGGGAAACGUUGUGCUCGGCGGGGCCGGGGCGAAUAGCAACCAUCCCCCCUACGGACGCCGCCAUGUCAGCAGCGCGGGCGGCGCGUUGACGAACGCCUUUGUCGCCUCCCCGGUCUCACUGUACAACACCCCCCAGACUCUCGACCCGUUUUGCCAACACCUGUCCGACCCCUUCCCCUCCACCCCGUACACGCCUGUGGGGCAUUUGUUCAUGUCCGCCGCCGUGCGGAACGCAAGGCCGAAUGCCUCGUUGUUGAUGCAAUCCACCAUGCCCAAUAUCACUCCCGUAACAAGUCCGAAGUUUGCCCACUACACGACAAUCUACAACCUUGAGAAUUCGCCGGCGCCAAGUCUAAUGAAUUCCAAGCUAACGACACAAAUGUACCAAACAACAGCACGCUACACAGGCAAAGAUAUUGCCUUGCGUCGUCUUGUUAUGGCCUCGGCAACAGCAGAAGAGUGCAGUGCUGUUAAUGAACGUUUUCGGCACUACCGACAUCCCAAUCUAGUCCCACUAACGGGCGUUAUUUGCACAGACGAAUUUGUUAUGGGUAGCAAUGACAUCAUUAUGGAGUAUAAAUUUAUUUCUGGAGCAAAAAGCCUUCAUGAAGAGUUCUUUCUUAACGGACGAGCAACGGAGGGUCUUUUGUGGUCCUUUGCGUGUCAGAUGGUUGGUCUUCUGCGUGCCUUUCACGAAACUUCCGUUCCGUUGCGUGGACUCCACUGGUCAAAGAUCUUGUACGCGUCGGUGACAGGGAGGUUUUACUUCAGUGGAAUAGGGCUGGCUGACCUGGCGGAAAUGGGGUCCACCAACCCUAGCACAGCGGUAAUGAUGAAGCAAGACAUUCAAGCACUGGGGAUUAUGCUGUUGCAGUUGUCUACGUGUAAUCUGGCUGCACGACUAGAUGAUAUUUCGAAUCAACCGAUGUCUGGGUUUUCAAAAACCUUUUGGACACUCGUGAAGGCGUGCCUGGACGGGGUGUCAGAGAUUCGGGAACUCUGUUGUGCCUUGGGAGAACGCAUGUCGAUGGAAGUGGCACACCAAGAAGGGCACGCAGACUAUUUGAUUGCGCAGUGUGCGAAGGAGGUGCACAAUGGCCGUCUUAUGCGACUGAUGGUGAAACUAAAUUUUGUACUAGAAUCCUUACAUGAUGUUCCUGAAAACAGCACCGAGGCACAUAAUCGUUACGCGCUGCGACUCUUCAGUCAGUACGUUUUUAACCAAGUUGACGAGCAUCAUCGUGUUCGUAUAGACUGGGGUCAUGUAUUUCACUCCCUAAACAAAUUGGAUUGUGGAUCUGAGGAGCUGGUGCAGCUUAUCGGCAAUGACGACGGGGACACCAUCUUAGUUAUUUCCUACCGUGACCUGAGGGCCUCACUUGAAAGCGCGUUUGAGCAGCUGCAGCUGCCAGCAAAUGAUGCCGAUAUGCAGACGUUUUCUGUGACAGUCGGGGCCGCGCCGGUCACUCUCCAGUAA